UCAUGCUGCUGCCAGGUCCACAGUGUCUCAUGGGUCCCUGUACGGCCUCCCAUUGCUGCUGUCUCCAUCGUGACACUCUGCCAUGUGCCACUUUCAGGUCUCCUCACACACUGCUGGGUUCCAUUUUGUCAUAGGGUGCUAGCAGAUUACGGGCCUCCCAUUGCUGCUGCCAGGCCUUAAUCUGCCAUGGGCCCCUGUACCGCCUCCUCAUGCUGCUGCCAGGUCCACAGUGUCUCAUGGGUCCCUGAACCGCCUCCCAUUGCUGCUGUCUCCAUCGCCACACUCUGCCAUGUGCCACUUUCAGGUCUCCUCACACUGCUGGUGUGUUACAUUUUUUGU